AAUGUUAAGUUUUCUGAUGCCGAAAACAUAUGUUUGACGAAGAAAAAUCAGCGACUUAAUUUAUCAACACGAUGGAAGACCCUUUGAAGCCCAAGCCAGUGCCACUGGCAGCAGAAACAGUAUUGUGGUUUGAAUUUCUGCUAGAUCCGAAUAAAAUCACAGAGCAUUUGCAAUGCAAAAAUCCCGAACCCAGCGCCGUGGAGCUCAUCAUGCAGUUCAUCAGCAUGACGCCGGACACGGCAAUAGCCUCCACUGUAGUCACGCCAGGCAGCGAUCUGCAGAAUCUAAGUGGCGCCAGCGUCGGCGCCAAUGCCACAACACCAGCAGCCUCCGCGGCACUCAAUGUGCCGCUCUUAACACAGCAGCAGCAGCAGCAGCAGUUGCAGUUGACACGCAAACAGUUGGCCCUCAAGAUAUUGGAGCUGAAGGUGGCCACAUGGCUGAGAUGGGAUUUGGAUGCGCUAGAGAAAGGGUUGCCCGUGAUCAUGCAGCUGGGCCUACUGCGUGAUCUGUGCACCAUAAGUUAUGGUCGCAUCGUCAGCAUUCCAUUUCUCAGUGAUUUCGACUUAAAGAUUUCACCCACUGGCAACGAGCGUGCUGCGCGCUUUGCACUCACCAUCUACCACAGGAUGAUACUUCGGCUGCAACUCAUUAAGGACAGCGCCCUGAAGAGUCCACGUCCACUCAUGUUCCAGACCGUUGAUCAGCUGCAGCAGUUUUUGGACACACCCACCCAGCCUUCCAUCGAAUAUCUAGAGCAGCUGUGCUCGCCGGCGGCAACCAGCAAACCUUUCUAUGUGUUCCACUACGACAGCUUUGUGGCUUUGCAGUGCGACACGCUGAACACCGCUCAAAACUACGACAUGAUGCACUUGAUUACGCCGCAAGAGCUGCGCGCCCAGCUUCAGUACGAGCUGGCCCAUUACUACCUCCAUACCAAGCAGUAUGUGCUGGCCCGCGAAUCAGCGGCUGCCUGCAACACGAGUCUUCAAGCGAUACCUGUCGGUGUGACGCGAUUCUUUUGCCACGUGCGGGCCGAAGAACUGGAGGGACUGUUGCAGGCUUGUGGCAUUAGUGCUCAGCAGCAAACGCUGUUGGAACGCUUCCACCAAUCCCUGCUUAACAACUAUGCGGACAUUGUUUCCAUACUGCGCCAAGAUAAUCGUGCACGCGAGAUUCCACUGGUGAGCCGGCGUAACGUCGAGUUGGACAUUGAAGGUGCCAUCUCUACGGGGCUGCUCAAAGAGAUGCCACAGUUGCUGUUGCAUGUGGCCGCCCUCAAUGUGGUGCGCACCGUCUUCGAGUGGGGCAACAUAUUUGGUAGCGUGGAGUAUUUUGAGAAAUAUCACGACAUGGACUACAUGCCACCCAUCAUGGAGGCAAUGCAAGAUGCACUAACGUACUGCAGCCAUUCGGAAAAGUCGGCCCUCAAGCAUUUUCUCAUUGACUGUGUGAUGCAUCAACAGCAAAAGCAGCAUACGGAACAAAGUCGACAGCUGAUGCUCACGCUGCGCGGCAUGCCUAUACUCUCGGCUGAGGAGCAAGUGGAUUUGAAGGAGCAAUUGGUACAGGCAUCGCUGCCUGUGCUGAGCAAUUCAUUGGCCACACUGAACGAUUGGAUUUGCCACUCUAAAAUGACCCGCGUGGACGUUGCUGCCCUGGAGCGCCAGCUGAUUAGUUGUACAAAUGCGAAUAGCGUGCGCAUACUCCUAGUCAAACUGUGUGGCACGGCGCCUGGUAAGCCGCUGUGGGCCAUCAAUCCCAGCUGGGAUGUGCCACAGCCGCUGAAAGCCUUAAUCAUGGCAAUGCCAGUUAGCUUCCUGCAAGACUUCAGUUACGUGCUGUUGGGUAAAGCACGUGAGCUGGCGGCACGUGGCAGCUACAUUGACGCAGUAUCUAUGCUGAGUGUGCUAAAGUCCGAAACACAGCGUCAGGAGCUGGGCGGCAGUGCGCAGUUGAUGUGCAAACUGAUAACGUGGGAGAUACUACACAUACAAAUUACGCAGUGCCUGGAUGAAUGGCAUCAGAAGCCACUCGAUUUGCAAACGCUUGGCACACGGUGCAAGCAAUGUCUGGGCGCCUUGCAGGCGGGCGACUCAAUGAUGCCAAGGCUGGAAAUUUUAGAGAGCUGUGCCAUCAUGCUACUUAACCUAACUGAUUUUCCGCCACUUCUUUACCUCGACAAGCGGGCACAGCAACUGGAGUUGCCGUUAGCCUUUGCAGCCACCUUCAUUGAAAUGGAAAAGAUGAAGGGACCCAAAAAAGUAUGCCGCGAUGCCUGGGAGCUGAUGCUGAGCAUGUUCCUCAAUGUGCCCAAGCGGGCGGCACCGACGGUCGCCGGCAUCGGCGCCAGCAGUGCGCUGCAAGCAUUCCUUCAGCGUGUGCGACAUCAAAGUGUAUUUGGGCUGGCCAUAUCCAUGCUGGGCAAAAUGCAUAACAUACUGAAGGAUGAUCCCAACCACGAUCUGAGCUGCGAAUACAUGCAACUCUGGCCCACCAGCAUUAACAACCCAAACAGUUACAGCCUGCGCAGUGUAUGUGAGACGCUGCAGUGGCUGCUUUCGGAGGCACUCAGCUACUAUCCGCAGACGAUCUCGUGGUUAAAGAUGAAGGGCGAUCUGGAGCUGGCCAUUGGUAACAAUGAGUCCGCGAUGCGUUGUUAUGUGAACGCUCUAGUCACCGGUACCGACUACUGCACCAUGCCGUUGCAGCGAAACGUGGCCGAUGACUAUGUGAUUAGGAAGAUGAUUAGGUGUGCCGCCAAUUUGGGCUGCCAUAUGCAGGCCACUGUGCUGUGUCAAUUUCUCGAUGAGAUCGACUAUGGCAUUGUCUUCAAGAAUCUCAGCGAGAAGUCAUCCAAUUUCACAGAUGCCAUGGAUGCAUACUAUAGCUGCAUAUGGGAUACAACGCUCCUCGAAUUUAUUGUCAAUCUGCAUGCGAAACGAGGCGAGCACAGUCGAAAGCUGGAGGCGAUCUCAAUGAUGGGCACCUUGGAGCUGAAUGCCAACAACAAUGAGGAGAUCAAACGAGAGAGCGCUAUGGUCCGCAAAUCGCGCUUCUUACGCGCCCUGGCCAAGCAGUAUUUGCUGUAGUCGCAGGCGAGGCCACCUGAUCCUCGCUACAAACUACAUCCCCAUCCACAUCCACGACCAAGCCCACAAAGAAGACCAAUUAGAGUUAAGCUUAAAAAGUUUUUGUAU